AUGCCUUCUGCAUUGGGAGUGCCGAUUCCUAACUACUGGACCAUCAGGGAAAUCCCUCAUGCAGAAAUGCUAAAUGCACACAGAAAACCGCACACUGCUGACCUGAAGCCAUGGAAGGAAACUGCGAACGGGUACCCACCACAAACAUCUUUCAGGACUGCAGUUUUCUGCUGCGCUUUGCCUGGCAGAUGCAAUGCUUCUAAAGAAAGGACUCCACACAAGAAAGAAGAGAUCCACACAACCUGCAUUUCACUUUUACCAAAGAAAUGCCUGAACCUAUUUUACUGGAGAGUUCAUUCCAAAACACUGGAAAGGCAAAAAGCACAAGUAGCUGAGACAUUUAAAAAGACACUCAAACUUCUUAAAUGCAAGAGAAUCUCAUUUCCUUCUGACAGUAAAGAUACUGAACACAGAUGUGGGAGGAUUAGAUUAACACCUCUGGAGGAAAAAAAGUGA